AUGUCGAUUUUUGGUUACUGUAGACGUAAUGAGGAACCCGUCACUAGAAGCACGGAUAACGACAAUUUCAAACCAUCCAAGGAUGAAGACGCAGGCACGAAUGGAAAUGCUGGUCCUGCUCCAAGGGAGGAAAUACUCCAAGAGAAGGUGGUCACCCGAGAAUCCUUCUCUCCCCAUAUCUUCGAGAUCAAACCCACCAUGGGAGGAAAACAACUCGGCAUGUUCGCCACCGAGAUCAUCUCCAAGAACACCGAGAUCCUGCGCGAAGCGCCUCUCAUUCUCGGGGGACCUACCUGGCCCGGCCGCGAAGCAGCAUACAACAUGCUUCGGUCCUCCAAAAAGGCAGCUGUCGACUCUCUUUCCAAAAUGUGCAUUUGCGGAAAGAAACCCGAACUUUGUCUCGAGACCCCCCUCAUGAAACGCUGGGCCGUCAAUUCCUUCGAGAUGAAUCCUUUUCUUCAAGUUGGCGAUACAACUAAUAACAAUUGUAUCUACGAUAAAGCAUGUCGGAUUAAUCAUGCUUGUGUACCCAACUGUUCUCGUGCGUUCAAUUCUGAGCAUAGUAUAUCGAUCCGCGCAAUGCGGGAUAUCAAGAAAGGAGAUGAAAUCACCAUUAAUUAUGGUGUUUAUGGCACCUGUUCUUUUCGAGCGACGAACAUUUCUGAAAGAUGGAAAUUCACUUGUACAUGCAACGCAUGUGUCAAAAAAGACUUCGUCCCAGAGACCGGAUAUGCUGAGUACGCGCACAAUAAGAGACUUCUCUGUUUCGAGCUUCCUCUAUCAAUUCCACUUGGCGCCAAGACAACCGAAGAAGCAGCAACAUCUAAGGAAAUUAUCGAAUGGGCCGACAUGAUCGAAGAUGAUAUCCUAAAAGCCGAAGCAUAUUGGUAUGCGCAUACCGAUGAACUGGUCAGCAGAGGGAUUUCUCGACUUCGAUUUACUCCGGAGUGGAAGGAUCUGAAUGUGUCACCGACGAGGAAUUUCUUGGUGAAUGGAAAUGAGAAGUUUCUGAGGGGGAACAACAAGUAUGAUCUCUCUGAUAAAGUCAUUGAGUUGUACAUCUGGCGUGCGACCAAGGCUUGCGGGCAGAGGUUGAUCGAUCCCAUCCUAUGUUUAUGA